CAGUGAACAGCACAGACCACGUCCAAGAUGAUGAAACUGGUGGUGUUGUCCUGCCUAUUGGCCGCCGCGAGCGCCGGCAUUGUCGCGCCCCUCGCCUACGGGGCGUUCUUGGCGCCCGCCAACUACCGCGGUCCACUGUCCUUGGCCCCCGGGCAGCCCGCCAGCAUCCUCGCCGCCGACGGUAGGCCCCUUGACACAUUAGACGUCAACUUGGACCGCUCCGCUCACUACACUGCUAAGGCCCUCAACGGCUUUCAUCUCCUGAAGAAACGCUCCAUUGUCGCCCCUGUCGUUGCACCUAUCGCCGCCCCAGUUGUUGCCGCACCCGUCGCCCGCUUCGCCGCCCCACUGAUCAGUCACCCUGUGCCUCUUGCCUACGGCGCGCACAUCGCGCCUCUUGCGGUCGGCCACGCCACCCUCACCCACGUUUUGUAAAUAUCAAGAGAAACACCAUCGAUUUAA